AUGGACGACGGCAAACAACGAGCGCAGGUAACGGAGACCCAAGAAAUCUGGUGCAGGAAUCGUUUGGGGUGCUGUCGAUUGGUGGAAGGCCGAAGACAGGAAACGGGAAUCACAGUGAGGCUGAUGUGGCUUCUGUGGGGUGUAGCAAGGUCUCGUCGCCGUCAAAAACCCUCUCAUCACAACCACCAUCAUUCCGCCAUCUCCACCUUGCCGGACAACGAAGUCGAAAACGAAAUCGACAUCCUGUCAAAAAUCCACAGCCCUCGUCUCGUUAAUUUAGUCGAAUUCACAAACACCCCACAACAAAAUCGCCGCCGAAUUGGGGGCGGAGAACGCUGCCGCCACUCUCUUCAGCCUCUUGGUCUUCAGCCUCUCGGUGGUGGACGAAAACAAGGUUCGACGAUCGGAGCUGGGGUUUACAUUCUUGUGGGUACAGUUGCUAGAGAACAUUUUGGCCCUGCUUUGGCCUUUUCUUUCCUUAUUGCUGGUAUAGCAGCUGCUGUCUCUGGCUUUUGUUAUGCUGAGCUUGCAAGUCGCUGCCCUUCAGCUGGAAGUGCCUAUCAUUAUUCCUACAUCUGUGUUGGAGAAGGUCUUGCUUGGAUAAUGGGAUGGGCUUUGAUUUUGGAAUAUACAAUUGGAGGAUCUGCCUCCAAUUCAGUUCCAAAUCAACAACCAAAAAGAACUCAAAUCUGA